ACUGUGCCGUGGAUGACAACAAUCCAGCUCGUCGCAAAAACAGCAGCAGCAGCGGCGGCGGCGGCGGCGGCGGCGGCAACGGCGGUAGCGUGCCUAUCAUCGCAGCGAUAGAGGGGAGGUGCAGCGGACCGGAGGAAGGAAAGCAGAAGGAUUUACAGACCCGUCCAAGCAUGGCUACCCAAACGACAGCAUCAUGCACUGGAUCCACUCUGUUGCAGCCACUCAGCGAAAUUAUCAAUCUCCCUCUCGAUCAGGUUAACUUUGUUGCAUGUCAGCUGUUUGCCCUCCUGAUGGCCAUGUGGUUUCGGAUCUACCUCCAUCCCAGUAAGACCAGCCCAUUUAUCAGACAUGUAGUGGCAACUCUGUUGGGCUUCUAUCUGGCUCUGUUCUGCUUUGGCUGGUAUUCCCUCCAUUUCCUGGUGCAGAGUGGGCUGUCGUACGGUGUGAUGAUCUUUGCUGGUCUGGAGCACAUGCACAAAUACUGCUUCAUUGUGACGCUUGGCUAUCUGAUCGUGUGUCAGAUCACACGAGUCUACGUUUUUGACUAUGGGAUGUACUCUGCAGAUUUUACAGGACCCAUGAUGGUUAUAACACAGAAGAUCACCAGCAUGGCGUUUGAAAUCCAUGACGGUUUGGCUAAGAAAGAAUCCCAGCUGACUCCCAAUCAGAAAUACCUAGCUAUCAGCCGAAUGCCCAGCUUGUUAGAGUACCUGAGCUACAACUGUAACUUCAUGGGCAUCCUGGCAGGACCCACAUGCUCUUACCGAGACUACAUGGCCUUCAUCGAAGGGACGUGCUACCAAGCCCGCCACCAGGAGAACGCCAACGGGAAGGAGAACGGGAAGUUCAAGCAGAGUGAACCCUCACCCAAGAAUGACGUCAUCUCCAAGCUGUGCACAUGUGCCAUCUCGCUGGCUGUCUAUCUGUCGCUGUACAAGCUGCUGCCGGUGGAGUACUCCAUCGACGACUACUUCGUCAAAUCCACUCCCUUGUAUCUCCAGGUCAUCUACCUUUACCUGGCAAUGUUGGCUCUGAGGCCAAAGUACUAUUUUGUCUGGACUCUUGCUGAUGCGAUCAACAAUGCAGCCGGGUUUGGCUUCAAUGGAUACAACAAAGAUGGCUCCCCGCGGUGGGAUCUGAUUUCAAAUCUUAGAAUUCUAGACAUUGAGUUUGCCACAAGUUUCAAGCUGUUUUUAGACAACUGGAAUAUUCAAACAGCUCUUUGGCUAAAAAGAGUUUGCUAUGAGCGCUGUCCGGUGAACCCCACAGCCGCCACCUUCCUACUGUCAGCCAUGUGGCACGGGGUCUACCCGGGCUACUACUUGACUUUUGUCACUGGCAUUGGCAUGACCAUGGCUGCUCGUGCAGUGAGACACAACAUCAGACCAUACUUCUUGGUCUCCGACUCACACAAGUUAGUCUAUGAUGUCAUCACGUGGGCGUGCACACAGGUCGCCAUUAGUUACACGGUGGUCCCGUUUGUCCUCCUUGCUGUGGGGUCCUCACUAAAAUUCUACAGUUCAUGGUACUUCUUCCUACACCUCCUGUGUCUCCUGGUGGUGCUCGCACUGCCUGUCAAAUCGAAACGCCGCCAGGCUAAAGAGCAGCAAGAAAACCAGCAGAAGGACAGCCAAUCAGAUCCCAGCACAGACAGCAACUGCAACCAGAAGGACAAGACCUCAUGAGGCUCGGGACAGAGCAGCAGGCGGAGCCGGGGACUGUUUUGAGUCUGUUUACCUGACGAAGAACCAAAAGAAAAAGUAAAAAAAGAUAACAAAAAAAUAAGUAUUUUUAUCAGACAGAAAAAAAUCCUGUCACAUCCAAUUGAAAGAACAGUCACACUGACAUGGAUAAAAGACCAAGAUGGAGUUUAAGUUAACAAGUAAUCGUGGUUACAGUAUUGGAAAACCUUCAAGCUGCCUUAAACCCUCUAUGUACUCUGAGUUAAACUGGACAGCAGGAAACACAGUUACUCUAGUCUGAUAGAGCAGGGGUUGCAGUAUGUGGGUUUUUUUGUCGUCAUCUGGGUUUGAUGGCCGAGAACAGAAGGUGUGUACAAAGAAAAAUAACCUUUAUCAUCAGCUGCCAAUUUCAAAACAGGCCUUAGGAAUAAUAAAAUUAUUAUUUAAUAUCUGUCUUUUUAAAAGAAGAAAAAAAAAUCUUCGAAAAGAUUUCAUGUCGUACGUGUUUUGUAUUUAGAUGUUUGUGAUAACAAUAUUUUUAAAAAAAUUGUUUUUUUCUUUUGGGAAGGGUGGGGGGACUACAACUGACAGAAAACCAGAAAGACAUUCAAAUGUUGUCCAUCUUCAGAAAUGAGAAAUAAAAGGUAAAAAAAGGACUUAAGUGUUAAUUUUUGCAUUUUUCAUAUGCUUGUCAGCUUGUCUUUUAUUUUGAAAAAUGUGAGUCAAUGGAAAGGUGUUUUUCAAAGGGAAUCAAGUGGUUGUUUUUUUAUUUUAUUUUAUUUUUUGAGGGAUUUUAGACUCAGAAAAGUACUUCAUCUCCUCACGUCUGUCACAGCACUGGUUUUUGGAUUUCAAUUGCUUCUUGAGUGGAACUACCUAAAACAUAUUAAAAUAUUGAAGACCUUAUUAUGGACGUUCUUGAUGAUAACUUGCACAGUUUUGCUAUCAAAUCCUGCAAAAGCCACAUAAAUCGAACCAGAUUAAUCGUCAGAGAAAAAAAACUGUUACAAGCCAAAUGAAGUGAUUGCUGUAUUCUGGCUGCCUGUGAGGACCUUUGAAUUAAAUCCUGACCAGCUGAUUGGAGUAAAAUGGUCUUUCUUUCUGUGUUUGCUUCUCGUUUGGGUAGAUUUCAGGGUGCAUCUUACUGUAUGGUGGAUGAGACACUGGUUCCUCUUGUUCUUAGUAUGUUGGCUCACCCUAAGCCUUUCUAAUAUUAUGGUUUACUCUUUGAAACACGAGUCCACACAGCCUCAUUUUAGAUCAUUCUUGGGGCUUAUUUACUGCAUUUAUUGAAAGAAAAUGAUUUUUCCUUAAAGAUAAGGAAGUGAAUUAUAUUUCAUUAGAGAAAAAGAAAAAGUUCUGACUCAAAAAUGGGCUUUUGUUGAGUCAAAGCGAGGUGGCAGAUCUGAGCUGUGAACCGUGCAUUUCUUACUAAGACUUUCUAACAUUUGCAUACUCCUGCCAUAACUGUGUGUGUGUUUGCACCGGUGUUCAUGUGAUCUGUACAUGUGGAUGUGUUUUCAUUCUACAUGUUUCUGUAGCCUGGGCCGUGUGCAGGCGAUGGACGGCCAGCUGAAGGGGGGGUUCGGGGUGGGGGGUGGGAGGCUAUGCUAGAGCAUUUAUUGCACUGCAUGGCCACCCGAACCAACAGAUCAAUGCAAACUGCUCCAUGUGUCCACAGUGCCAAAUCACAAAUGGCGCAUCUUUGUUUUUGUGUGUACGUGUGGCUGCGUGUGUUGGUGUGCGUGCGCCUGUGUAACAUGAUGGUUAUUUUUCUGUCAGAAGGAAAAUUUAUGGAAAGAUUUGUAUAACAGUACAUUAAAAUCCUGAUUUAUGUGGCAAAAAUAAAGAGAAUUAUUUUUAAACACUA